AUGGAGAUGCUUAGGAUCAAAAACCCAUCAACGCGGUUCUACUGUUCAUACGCAUUCGACUGGAUAUUUUGCGUGGUCCUCCUCGUACUCUUCUUCUGCCUGGACCGGGUUGAACCCUUCCACAGGGAGUUUUCCGUCGAGGACAGAGCCAUCAUGUACCCGUUCGAACAAAACGAGACAGUGCCAAUCUGGGCCUUGGUGUUGAUCAUGGCUGUCUUUCCUGCGGUGCUGAUGUUUAUUGUUGGUAUUGGGGUCCGGAGAAGUCUCUAUGAUUUUCAUAAUGGACUCUUGGGUCUCUUGCUCUCCGUCCUCUUGUCCACCAUAUUUACUCAGGUCAUGAAGGUCACGGUGGGCAAGCACAGACCAGACUUUUUGGCAAGAUGUGAGCCAAUGCUGAACGGGGCUCCUUUGACCCAGGACCGACCACUACAACUCUGGACCGUCACCGUUUGUGCUCAGACCGACGGACAUACCCUCAGGGACGGCAUGCGUUCUUUCCCCUCCGGACACGCCAGCACGGCAUUCGCAGGACUUGUUUUCUUGGCGUUGUGGAUGUCCGGCAAGAUGCAUGUCUUUGAUAGGAAAGGAUAUUCGCUUAAACCCGUCCUUCUCUUUAUGCCAAUCCUCGACUACCGGCACUCGGGCAUAGACGUGACCUGGGGCGCUAUCAUCGGGAUCAUAUUCGCCAUCUUCUCCUACCUCCAAUACUACCCCUCCCCAACAUCCAGAAACUCUCAUAUCCCUCACCCUUGUCGAGACUUUUCGUCGAAUAUUCACCCGGAUGGUGUGGAUCGCUUGGAGAAUGCUAUUGGGAUCCGGAGGAACAGUGGAGAGUAUAUUGAUGAGUCUUGUGCGCAGGAGCAGGGGCAGAGGAGGGGGCGGCAGUAUGAUGCGACGGGGUAUGUGGAUGAUAGUGAGUAUGGUAAUGGUGGUAAUGGUGGAGCAGGACAGUCGGGGCAACAGGAUUAUCAUUUGCAGAAGCAGCAACAGCGGGCGCUUGAAGCCAGGUACAACCAGGUCAACAGCAAUAGCCAAGUCAGCAACAGUUCUGCAUUAUAG